AUGUCGGCCACGUGCGCCGCGUGCCGGAAAGCGCGGUCGGCGCCGCUCCGGGCCCGGGGGGAGCCGCCCGCCAAGGCGAUGCGCAGGGCCCUGCGGGGCGGCCGCGACCGGCACCGGGAGCCGCGGCCCUGGCCGGGAGACAGCGCCGAGCCCGACGGGGAGCAGGCGGCCCCGCUCGGGGACGAGCGGCGGAGGCGGCGGCCGCUGGAGCCGAGGGCGCUGGCGGCCAGGGAGGAGGAGGAGGAACGUCUGGAACGGGAGCAUUUCCGGAGGAUCAUCAACGCCUUCCGAUACUACGGAACGAAUAUGCAUGAACGAGUGAACAGAACAGAGAGGCAGUUUAAGUCUCUGCCAGCUAACCAACAGAGUCUUCUUCCGCAAUUUCUUCCUCACCUUGACAAGAUUCGGAAGUGCAUUGAUCAUAAUCAAGAGAUACUACAGACCAUUGUGAAUGACUGCGUUCACAUGUUUGAAAAUAAAGAAUAUGGAGAAGACGGAAGCGGGAAGAUUACACCAGCUUCAACAUUUGACAUGGAUAAAUUAAAGUCCACAUUGAAACAAUUUGUGAGAGACUGGAGUGAAGAGGGAAAGUCUGAGAGAGAUUCCUGCUACCAGCCAAUCAUUAGUGAAAUUGUAAAGAACUUUCCAAAAGACAGAUGGGAUUUCUCCAAAGUUAAUAUCCUGGUACCUGGUGCUGGGCUAGGUAGAUUGGCGUGGGAAAUAGCUAUGCUCGGUUAUGCUUGCCAAGGAAAUGAAUGGAGCCUCUUUAUGCUCUUUUCUUCUAACUUUGUACUCAACAGAUGCUCUGAAAUUAACUCAUGUAAGCUUUAUCCCUGGAUUCAUCAAUUUAGCAAUAACAGAAGAUCUGCCGAUCAGAUACGGCCAAUUUAUUUCCCAGAUGUCGAUCCUCACAGUCUUCCUUCUGGUUCAAACUUCUCUAUGACAGCAGGGGAUUUUCAGGAAAUUUAUUCUGAGUGCAAUACAUGGGACUGUGUAGCAACAUGCUUUUUCAUAGAUACAGCACAUAAUGUUAUUGAUUACAUUGAUACUAUUUGGAAAAUCCUAAAGCCUGGAGGAAUAUGGAUAAAUGUAGGUCCUCUCCUUUACCAUUUUGAAAACUUGGGAAAUGAACUUUCUAUAGAGUUAAGCUAUGAGGAUAUAAAAAAUGUUAUCCUACAAUAUGGAUUCCAUAUAGAGGUGGAGAAAGAAUCUGUACUGUCAACUUACACUGUGAAUGAACUCUCCAUGAUGAAAUACUACUAUGAAUGCGUGUUGUUUGUGGUGAGAAAACCAGAAUAGCAGUGGUCUGAAUAGGUUAAUGAGAAAAAAAAAAGUUGGCUUGAAAGCUAGUAAUGAGGGUAAAAUGGUCUGGGUGAUGUAUGAACACAACCUCAAAUAGUGGUGCCUUCUUAUUCCUAAGAGGAUAUAGAUAGUGUCUAUUUUCUUAAUAUCUUUAUUGCUAUUCAGACAUACACUAUGCCAUGCAUAUUUGUAAUAUACUUGUGAAAGUGGAGGAUAUAAUGUUCACAUACACUGUCAUUGUGCUUUGGAGUGCAUUAAAAAUAACAGCAAAAAUGUUUUUCUUGAGAACAAAAUGAAAUGUUCACCAUAAGUAGGCUAAUUCUCUGCAUAUGCUGCUUGAUUUUUCAUAGAUUUAUAGUGAUUUUUUUCUAUUAUCUGACGUAGGAAUGCAUGGAGGUGCUUACUGUAGUAGCUGUUUUAUGUUUAGAGAAGUAUUUUUAAAUGUAUACUUAAAUUAUGAAGUCUGAAAUGGUUGGAAAGUGGUAAAAUUAUUCUUGGCAGAUAAAAUAGCGAUCAGAAGUGGUAGAGCAUUUUUUGUGGAGCUGAAAUGAAGUAGAUUAUUGUAUAAAUGCUAAUCUUUGUACCACUGUUAACAGUUUAAUUAAAACAUAGAGCCUGUGGGCAAUUUGAAAUACUAUGUGAAAGAAUACUGAAUGAAGAAAAAGCAGAGUGUCACAGAGAAAAGCAGUAUGAUAACCUCAGUUGAGGAAUACUACCAAUUUUGAUUGAGCAUUUUGUUGAAACUGAAAUGUGUUAGAUGAUUUGCCGUCUUACAAUACAUUGAUUUUGAGUCAUCUUCUGACUGCUUAAGCCAAAAUUUCCAAAGUUGAUAAACAUAGCUGAAUUAUCCAUGCCAUGUGUAGGUAGUACAACAUAAAAACACCUGUCAGGGCAGUGAAAUUACAUGUAAAUGUGUCCUAUAACCUAAUCACCUCUGCAUGAGUCAGGAUAUGCAGGCCAAUUGGUAGGCAAUUUCCUUGUAACUUCAGACACUUUAUCCUUGUGACUUCUUGGUUCCUUCCUUAUACUAAUGUGUUUUUUUCCUAGCCGAUGUGGCUUAGGUGAAUAUUUAAUUUACAAGUCAUGAUAUUAUGACAAGAUGCUGAAUCUCCUGUCAGUUGGAAGUUACGUACAUGAAAACAACAUUAAUUAAUAAUCACUGUUCUGGGUGGAGUUGUCAUGUUAAGUAUUUUGUUUUCUUAAUAUAUUGAUUACCUUAAGUAUCGUUUUCACACAUUUUCAAAAUCAUCUUUAAAAUAUAAAACCAUUGAGGGCUCAAGUUUUUAUCAUAUUUGGCCUUAAUGACACUGGUCAAUAUCUUGUUUAUUUCCAUUAUUUUUAGUCCUGUCUUUCAUGGUGGUGUCCUAAUCACCUGCGUUUAAUAGAUUUGUUACUGGCUUUUUGAUUUUUCCAAUUAAGGCCAGAAAUUUGUGCCUUUAUUCCUAAAUUGAAAAUCUGCAAGGAUGAAAAACACCACCUUUUUUUUUUUGGUUUCAACACUGCAGAGGAAAGCGUGCGCCUGUAUAUGUUUCAGUACUUUGCCACUUUCAGCUCAGAAUUCUUAUUGAAAUAGAGGUUUCUGGUCAACAGCAGUUUUAAAGUACACCAUGGCUUAAACUAAUCUUAUUUGGACUCUUCUUUCUGAAAGUGCACCACUAUGAUUCAGUUCCAUAAAUGAGGUGUCAAAGGUCUACCCUGCUCCAAGAGAGAAGUGUUUAAAGGAGAAACACUGGUAUAUCAACAUAAAAUUAAAAAUAAAAACCCUUGCACAUCUAAAAAUAAAAAAGCCACUUUCUUUAAUUUCUGUAUUAUACCAUUUAUUUUAAUUUUUGAGGGAAUUUGUGAUUCUUUGCUUCAAAUCUGGUUUUUUCCUAUUAGAAUAUGAUUAGCAUUUUACCUAAUUUUCAAGCUCCUUGUAAUCGGACAUAGCUUAAGUGAAUGUCAGUUGUGCUGUUGCUGAGUAGUAUAUCUGUCUGGAAUGUUACCCAGUUUCUGCCUCCUAUCCCAUCUGUAACUUGGAAUGUGGUGUUCCUGCUUUUCACAAAUAGGCAAUGGGACUCUUUCUGGUUGAGUGUCAUUAUCCUUUGUUCUGGUAGUUUUGUUCCUUGCCACCCCAUGUUGUCACAGGUGCCAUUUUUAUGUGUUUUCUGAAAAUGUUUUUAUUUGCUUAUAUCAGGUAUAAUAUGGUGGUGUGCUUUUAUUUCUGAUCUCGAAAAUGCUGUUUUCCCCGCACAAUAUUAUUUUAAAUCUCAACAGUGACAUUAAGAGUUGGAAGUAAAAUAAUCUUGUGAAUGAGCUGUUUUAGUAGUUUUUUUACCUACCUAUUUAUGAUUUCCUAGAAUUCACCACUGUACUGCUAUGGGGAUCGUUGUGUAUUAUAGAAUGUGAUCACUGUUUUAUUGAGUUGUAUAUGCGGGGGAGAAUGCUCAAGGUGUUCAUCAGAUGAGACUGUUUAUGUUUGGUCAUUAUUAAACUGUACACGGUGACAGAUGUAAAACAAAAUGCUGCAUAAUCUUAAGUGUAAAGCUUUUUUAUAUAGAGUUUGACAAAUGUAAAAUGGCCUGGGGUUUUUGUUUGGUUUUUAUGUGUUACGUUCUGGAAUCGGUUGCAAAGAUAAGGAUGGGAAGUUUCACAUCUCUGCGUCCACUUCCCAGUAUUUUACAAUGUGUGUAAUGGACCUGGGCUUUUUUUGGCUAUUAAAGCUUGCGGCAUGGCUCGA